AUGGGCAAGAAGAAGCGCGGUCACCCCGACGUCGAGGAGCUUUUGACUCGACCGUGGUGCUACUACUGUGAACGUGAUUUUGAAGAUCUAAAGCUUCUCAUCUCGCAUCAGAAGGCGAAACACUUCAAAUGUGACCGAUGUGGCAAGCGAUUGAACACGGCGGGAGGUCUCUCCGUGCACAUGAACCAAGUCCACAAGGAAAACCUCACAACAGUCGAGAAUGCGCUCCCUAACCGACAAGGACUCGAUAUCGAAAUCUUCGGUAUGGAAGGUGUUCCCGAGGAUAUUAUCCAACAGCACCACCAGCGCAUCAUCCAAAACUUCUACACCGCCCAAGCCGAGCGUCAAGCCGCGACAGGAAACCCCCCACGGGGCCUAUCAGGAGGCCAGGGCCCGACGAAGAAGUUGAAGUACGAGACACCCGAGGAGCUCAAAAAGAGGUUAGCCGAGCACCGCGCAAGGGUUGCCGCGCAAAAGGCCGCUGGCAUCAACGGCACGCCGGCUACGGCUGCUCCAGCCGAGAACCAGAGUCCAGCACAAGCCACACCCGCAUUCCCUCCUCCACAAGCAGGCUACCCCUACCCGCCCGCACAAGGCUACCCAGCCACGACCGCCUUCCCACCAGGCGCCCCCCCAGCCGGCACAACCGCUCCCUUCCCUCUGCCCGCUCGUCCCCCGAGCGGCUCCGCAGCAGCAGGCGCAGCCGGCGGAGCCCCGCCGCCGUACUACUACAACGGUGCCGCCGGAGGCGUGCCCCCUCCAGGAUAUCCCGGCGGCGCGCCGUCGACAGUCGACGAGUUGGUGGCGAAUGCGGCCCGUGGCGGGGCUGGUGGGGAUGAUAUUGAUCAGAUGAUUCGGUUGGCUGAGGCGGGCGUGCGGCCGUCGGUGUCGGCGGCGGCUGGGAAGGGGCCGGGAGAAGAGACGGGUGGAGCUGGGGAGAAGAGGAAGAAGGGGUCGAGGAUGGUGUAUGGGGAUACGGAGGUUAGUCCGGAGGAGAAGAUGGCGCUGUUGCCGCGGUAUCGGUGGGUUGAGGGUGCGGCGGCUUAA